CCUCAAGGAUCCUAACGCGUGACCUGGGAAUGUCACGUGACGUCGCGACGUCGCGACGUCGCAUCUCCCAUAGAACACCGGGCCCGGAUAACAUGGCGGCUCACGUGGAGGUCCCUGCACUAGAGGAAGAAGAGAAAAGUUUUCGAGAUUUGGGCGUAACCGACGUUUUAUGUGAAACAUGUGAACAGCUAGGAUGGAAGCAACCAACGAAAAUUCAAAUAGAGGCUAUUCCUGUGGCCCUUCAGGGUCGUGACAUCAUUGGUCUGGCUGAGACUGGUUCAGGAAAGACCGGAGCCUUUGCAUUACCUAUUCUUCAGACAUUGCUGGAAAACCCCCAGAGGCUUUAUGCCUUGGUUCUCACACCAACAAGAGAAUUGGCAUUUCAGAUUUCGGAACAGUUUGAGGCGCUGGGUUCCUCCAUUGGCGUCAAGAGUGCUGUUAUCGUUGGUGGAAUUGAUAUGAUGUCCCAAGCCCUGGCACUAGCAAAGAAGCCUCAUGUCGUAAUUGCCACACCAGGGCGCCUGAUUGACCAUCUUGAAAACACAAAAGGAUUUAAUCUUCGAGCCGUUAAGUACUUGGUGAUGGAUGAAGCUGAUCGUAUACUGAACAUGGAUUUUGAAACAGAGGUUGACAAAAUCCUCAAAGUUAUUCCUCGUGAUCGCAAGACCUUUCUUUUCUCUGCCACAAUGACAAAAAAGGUGCAAAAACUUCAACGUGCUGCUUUAAGAGACCCGGUGAAAUGUGCAGUGUCCUCAAAGUAUCAAACAGUAGAAAAGCUGCAGCAGUAUUAUAUUUUCAUCCCUUCAAAGUUCAAGGACAGCUAUCUUGUGUACAUCUUGAAUGAACUAGCAGGGAAUUCUUUCAUGAUCUUCUGCAGCACAUGUAACAAUACGCAGCGUGUUGCUCUCUUGCUGCGUAAUCUUGGAUUCACUGCCAUUCCCCUGCAUGGCCAAAUGAGUCAGAAUAAAAGGCUUGGUUCUCUGAACAAGUUUAAGGCAAAAUCCCGUUCAAUUCUCCUGGCCACUGAUGUUGCAAGUCGAGGGCUUGAUAUUCCACAUGUGGAUGUUGUUAUGAAUUUUGACAUUCCUACACAUUCUAAGGAUUACAUACACCGAGUAGGCAGAACAGCUCGUGCUGGAAGAUCUGGAAAAGCUAUUACUUUUGUAACACAGUAUGAUGUGGAGCUGUUUCAAAGAAUAGAACAUCUGAUUGGUAAAAAGCUUCCAGCCUUUUCUACCCAAGAAGAGGAAGUAAUGAUGUUAAAUGAAAGAGUAUCCGAGGCUCAGAGAUUCGCUCGCAUAGAACUAAGAGAACAAGGAGAAAAGAAAAAACGACCUCGGGAUGAGGAAACAGAUGAUGCUGAAGGUUCUUUGGGAGUGAGAAAAAAAGUUGCAGGAGGAAAGUUCAAAAAGAAGAUCCACUGAAAAGGGAAAAAAAAGGCUAAAACUUGUAAAUAAACAUAAUUGUUCUUCAAGAAUGAAAUCUGUCCAAUUCCAAUAUUGGGCACCUACUUAUUAUAAAAAAAAAAAAAACUUGUCUACUCUUUUGUAUUCCCUAGACCAAACUCUAGUAAAAAUGAUUUCCUGCGUUUCCUCACGAAAUAUUCAGGUCUAGAUGUUCCCUAUUAAAAUAUUGAACCAGAACAUGGUAUCUCCCAACACUCACUUUAAGCUGCAUUUUAAUGAAAGUUUAAAGAGUAUCUGUCUGUGUGAUCAAUCCUGGUAGGGUUUUUUUGCCUGGUAGGGUUGAUCAUGCUGAGUAAAACAAUAACCCUGGUAGGGUUAAUAAGUGCUGAGAUUAAUUUGAAUAUGUAUGUAAAUUACCUUUUUUGGAGCAUCAAUGGGCUGGCCAUAGCAUUUGAAGCACCGCUCACAUAGUCCCACUGCGCUCUCUAUACUUUGAUGGGUCUAGACAUCUUGUCUAGCCCUGUGUUCUCACACCACUGCAGUACAGUGGAUCUGAUGAGUUCGGAUAGGAGCUCUCAUAAGAUCCACUGUGCAGUCACGAUCCGCCUGAGAGCUUGGGCAAUGGAACUUCUGCUGCUUCCUAAUAUACCCAUUUAGAAAUAAAAAAACAUGAAAAAGA